CUGUUCAUUACCUUUUAGAAUAACGCGUCCACAUUUCUUUAAAGCUUUCUCCCACUACUCCCACAUAAACACAUUCUCAUCAUGUCGCUGCCAUACACUAUGGUCUUCACUCUCUUGAUGACAGAGAUGAUCACCUUUAUCUUUCUGAUUCUCCCACUGCCAUUCAAAUGGAGAAGAGGAAUGCUCAAUUUCUUGUCAAAAUCACCCUUCAUGGCUCAUAUCCAAUAUGUCAUGAAGAUUGUCUUUAUCUUCGUGUUUAUUCUCUUCCUUGAUUCCUUGAACCGUGUCAUCAAGGUUGAGGAGAUUGUCAGCGACAGUGAUCAUCAUCAUCAUCAUCACGCUCACACAGAUACAUCUGUUGCGGCUAAACGCUUCUAUGCUCAACGCAAUAUGUACUUGACCGGCUUCACCCUGUUCUUGUCAUUGAUCUUGAACCGUACGUUUUUCACGAUCUUGGAUCUGAUCAAGAGUGAGGAGAAGAUGGAAGUUGUCAAGAAGCAGGCUGCUCAACAGAGCAAAGAAUAUGAACGUCUUCUUGAGUCUGAGAAGAAGCUGAAGAAGGAGCUCGAGGACUUACAAAAGAUUGCAUCAAGCCAUGAAUCAACCAAGCAGGACCUAGAGAAUUUGAAGAAGCAGGCCAGCCAGCAGCAGCAGGAAUAUUUGCGCAUGGCGGACGAGAACAGUACUCUGGAGAAGAAGUUGAAGGGUACCAAGUCUGAGAACAAGAAGGACAUUUAACCACACAAGGCAAAAUGAUGAAAAAAAUGACGUCUUGAUCUUCAUUUCAACAUGAUAAUAUGUCAUAAUACAAAGCAGCCAGAACAAAUAAACGAAAAGAAACUACAUCCCCUCCUUUUUUUUAAAAAUUUCUUUUUUAUUAUUAAAACGAAC